AGAUGUUUGAAGUUGGACAUCUGUUUUGGCGGUUACUUAAAAGAGGUUAUAAUGUUAGUUUAACUGAAUUUCUGUAUAUAUUUACAAUGUAUGUGGAUGAUAUAAAAAACGAUUUUUAUGAAUUUUUAUCGGGAAAGAGAAUUUUUCUUAUGGUACAUUACGAUAUUGAUAGUAUAUGUGCAUGUAAAAUACUCCAAUCUUUAUUAAGGUAUAAGCAUAUUUUAUAUUCAUUAGCUGUAGUAAAAGGAAAAGAAGAUCUCAAACUGGCUUAUAGGGAAAACUGCAAUGACGUUAAAUAUUUCGUUUUAUUAAACUGUGGAGGUACUAUAGAUAUAGUUGAAGAAUUAGAAGCUGAGGAAGAUAUCACAUUUUUUAUUUUGGAUAGUCAUAGACCUACAGAUUUAUGUAAUAUUUACAGUAAUGGUCAGGUUAGGUUACUUUCAACACCAGAGGAGGAUGUUGCAGUUCCAGACUUUCAUGACGUAUUUAGAGAAGAGUCUGACGAUGAAGGUGAUGAAGAAAUUGAUGAUAGUGAUGGUGAAACAAGGGCGGCAAAAAGAAGAAGGUUAGAUGAAGAAGAGUUGAUAAAAAGAAGAGAAAAAAGACUGUGGGAAGACAAUCGUGAUAAACUAAUGUUUGAGUAUAGUCAGUUUACAUAUCAUGCCCGGGCAAGUGCUAUAAGAAUCUUUGAGUUGGCUUGGAAACUCAAUAAAGACGACAAAGAUCUACUCUGGCUGGCCAUAGUAGCUUUAACAGAACAAAUGCUCUUAGGAAAAAUAGAAAACACUCAUUAUACUUUAGAAAUAGGUCCCUUGCAAGCCCAUGCAACUCGUUUACAAAACAAGACUAAUGAUACUGACGUUAUGACAUCACUUAAAAUUUCUUUUGAGAAUGAUUUAAGGCUUACUCUGUAUAGGCAUUGGUCUGUUGAGAGUAGCUUAAAAUAUUCCAUGUUCCCAGCUGUCAAAAUGAAGCUUUGGUCAUUGAAAGGAGACAAAAAGUUGCACGAGUUGUUAGCAGAUAUGGGAUUUCCAUUAAUUCAGAGUAAACAAUCGUUUCAUAGUAUGGACUUACAACUUAGGAAAGAAUUUCGACCUUCACUAGAAAAACUCUCAGAAAAGUACGGCCUUCAAGACAUUGUGUACGCCUCAUUUGUUCUUCAGUAUGGAUACAGGAAUAAAUAUUGUGCUUCAGAUAUUGUGUUCGCUUUACUUGCAAUACUUGAAUCAUCACCUAUGGAUAAAAAACCAAGUGAAUUGUUUAAUUUGGCUUUAGACUGUCUUUCAAGAACAAAACGAGAAAUUCUCAAUGAUGCAAUAGACAGAGCUAAAGAUAUUUCAAAAACUAUUUUUAAGACUGUCCAAAGUGCGUUAGAUAUGAAACAAAUAAUAACUGCAGGCCCUUUCGUGUACUUUAUUAUACAAGAGGGAUGCCCCAACUGGUAUAUGUUUUCACAUCUACAUAUUUUGCUGAUGUUAGCACAUUUUCUUCUUAGAGCAUAUGUCGCUAUGUCCAGAAAUAGGAAGGCAGCUACUCUACCUCUUAUAAUUUCUGCGCCCAAAAAUUUGGAAACAGGAACCUGCAUAUUACUUGGAAUACCUCCGCUCUGUGAAAAUUCUCCAAAAAAUUUUUUUGGAAAAGCCUUCGAACAAGCGGCUGAACGUAUAAAUUGUGAUUCAUCCUGUGACUUUAUUGACACAUCUUAUUUUGAAAUUCAUACAAAAGAUAGGACAAGAUUUUUUGAUGCGCUGACAGCACUCCUCAGCUGAUGUUUUUAUUUUAAUAAUUUAAAAUUAAGUACAAAUUGUAUUAAGAAAUGUAAAUAUUAUUUAUUUUAAUUUGUAAAUAUUUUUAUACAUUAGAAUCAUAAAUUGACUUAAUAAAAUAAGUAUAAAAGUGAA